GCUGGAUUAUUCUCUUCCGGUUGUUUUUGCUUUUCUUGGAAAGGGGAAACGAAAUACCUGGAAACCGAAAGCUGUCUUUGCAUCACGAACGUUUGUCGAUAUUUUUCCCACUGCAUAAGUGUAAAGUUCUUCGAACAUUAAUGAAUUAAAAUUGAGCAAAACUAUACGUUAGAUUCGUGUGAUGAUAAUGGCAGAACAAAUCCAAACUGAAUCGCAGCUUAUCGACAAUGAACUUGUUGUUAAAGACGCCAUAACAGAGCUGAACAAGUAUAUACAAACCGGCAACAGUCUUGUAGCUGUUGAUUGUGAAGGGGUUUCGUUGAGUAGAAAAGGAGAAUUGACGAUACUGUCAAUAGCAACCAGAGAAAAGGCAUACAUAUUUGAUGUGUUCAAGGUUGGAAGAGCAAUCUUCGACAGCGGACUUCGCGAAAUCCUUGAGGACGAAACACAAGAGAAAUUGAUGUUUGACUGCCGACAAGAUUCCGACGCCCUCUGGCAUCAGUUUAACGUAAAACUAGCGGGGGUCUUGGAUCUUCAGUUACUUGAAAUUAUGCACCGCCGUGAGAAUUCCACAGCAAAAAGUACAAAGCCUUCGACAAAUGCAAAAUUUGGUCGAUCUACUCACAAACGGCGUAGCCAGUUUACAGACGCCGUUGAAAAAAUUUAUGGAUUUCGCCGUUGCCUGGAAUUAUAUGUUGAUGAUGCCAAAUUAACUGAAAUAAAAGAUAAGGGAAAACAUCUUUUUGAGAAAAAUACCAUAGCAUGGAAGAUAAGACCGUUGCCAACAACGUUGAUUCAAUACUGUAAGGUUGAUACCAUUGGUAUGUUCAAACUGUAUGACAAAAUGGCGGAUAUUCUCAGCAGUGUCGAGAAAGCUCGAUUGAAGAUUGCCUCCAAUAAGUAUAUCAAGUUUUAUCGAGAAAAGGAAGAGAGGUCUUACGAUGACUACGAAACAAACGGGUUUCUCCCAAUCGACGUUAUUCAAGAGAAAGGAACAACAAGCUUUCCCAUGGCUGACACAACUUGUACUCGAUGCAAGCGCCGAUUCCCACGUCAGGAAUUCAGUGUGACCCAACUGAACAAAGGCGAGCAGAAAUGCAGGGUUUGCAAAGAAGUAAAACGCCUAAAUGAUGUGCAGAAAAACAGAGAAGACAACUGGGCCCGACAGGAUGAUGAUGAUUACGUCGAAUUCCCGGAAUGUGGACGAGAUCACUGCUUCUACUGGGGCUGUGAUUGUUGUUAACAUUAUAACAUUCCAGUUUUUACAAACAAGAAUGUAACUUAUAUGUAAUGUAGUAAUGAACCUCCGUACAUAAGCUAUGCAUGGGUUUAUAUUAGGUCGGGUGGGUUUUGUGAUGUCUCAUACACGGUGGGGGGGUUAUACACGGACAACGUUCUGUGUUGGUAUUGUUUUUAAAAACCCUUAAAUUUGAAAGUAACAAAUCCGAAUUAUGAUUAUAACUAUGUCUAUAAGAAGCAUGCCAUGUCAGCUGCAGCACCUGCAGAGAGUGAUCUGUUAGUAAUGAUAAGCAUUCAAACUUUUGUAAACUAUCUGUAUUCUACAACCUUUAAAUAUAAUAUAUACGUGUAC